GGACGGGUUUAAGGAUUUCUAUGACACCAUAUCUAGCAAGCUAGUACAGUUUAGUAAGCACAACACCACACAAAUUACCUGAACCACUGACACACAAAAUGCAACAAAAUUAUCACAAGUUCACUUCUUUAACCAAAGUAGAGGAAGAUGAUGAAAUGUUUCAAAAAAACACAUUAGUUUUUAGUAUAGAAGACAUUUUAUUAAAAUCAUCUUCCAUGUUUCCUUACUUCAUGUUGGUGGCUUUCGAAGGCGGAGGGCCUAUAAGAGCCCUAAUCUUGCUUCUCAUGUACCCGUUCUUGUGCAUCCUAGACGAAGAUUUGAGGUUCGAAAUCAUGGUUUUUAUUUGCUUUUUUGGCAUCAAGAAAGAGAGAUUUAAGAUAGGAAAAACUGUUUUGCCAAAAUUUUUCUUGGAAAAUGUUGGUUGUGAAAGCCUUGAAGUGGUGAUGAAGUUUGGUAGGAAGGUGGGAGUGACUAUAUUGCCCAAGGUAAUGGUUGAGGGAUUUUUAAUGGAUUUUUUGGGUGUUGAAGAUAUUAUUGGGCGAGAAAUUGGAGUGAUUAGUGGAUAUUACACAGGUUUGUUGGAUAAAUCGGAGAUUGGGAAAAAUAAGCAACAGAAAAUCUUUUCACAUAUGAUGUCCGAAGAAAGCCAAUAUGUUGGGAUUUGUGGCUUCACCAAAUCUUACAAAAUUCGCCCUUUCAACAUUUUAAAGGAUAUCUAUUUGGUAAGCAAGGAUGAUAAGAAGAGUUGGAAUAAUCUUCCAAUAGAAAAAUACCCCAAACCAUUGAUAUUUCAUGAUGGUAGACUAGCAUUUUUACCCACACCAUUAGACACCCUUACUAUGUUUAUGUGGCUACCAUUUGGGAUUAUCCUUAGUAUCACAAGAGUACUUGUAGCUGUUUUGCUACCUCACGAAGUAUGCUCACCAAUCGCGGCCUUUCUUGGACUACGCUAUCCUUAUACUCCUUCAAAAGACAACCCUAAGUAUACUAAUAAACCCGAAAAUUCAAAAGGAAUGAUCUAUGUAUGCAAUCACAAAACAUUACUCGAUGCAGUCUAUGUCUCACACAUAUGUCGAAUGAAUCUUUUCACACUUACCUAUAGCAUAAGCAAAUUGUCCAAAUUUCUAUGUCCGAUUGAUACAAUUGAGCUAACAAGGGAUAGGGAGAAAGAUGCCGCGAUUAUGUACAAGGUGUUAAGCCAAGGGAGGAACGUUAUUUUGUGUCCCGAAGGGACUACGUGUAGGGAGCCUUAUUUGCUAAGGUUUAGUCCCUUGUUUGCAGAGUUAAGUGAUGAUAUUAAUCCUAUUGCCCUACAAGUAGACGUUAGUAUGUUCUAUGGAACAACUGCGAGUGGGAUUAAAGCCUUUGAUCCGUUCUUCUUUAUGAUGAACCCGUGGCCUUCAUAUCACGUGAAAUUCCUUGACAAAUUACCUAAGGAAUGGACUUGUGGGAGUGGUGGAAGAACCAGAUUUGAAGUUGCUAAUUAUGUUCAAGAUAUGAUUGGUAAAGCAUUAAGUUAUACGUGUACUGGCUUAACAAGGAAAGAUAAGUACUUGGUUUUGGCUGGUAACAAUGGGCUUUAUCAUUAAGUGGGGACAAAACAAGUGCAAGCCAAAAAAAAAAAGAAAAAAAAAACAUUGAUUGCAUAAAGUUGUGACAAGAAUAAAAGUGGUGCCAAUUGGCCUAAUUUUGUGAUGUUGUAUUUAUUGUGUCAUUAAAACCUAAAGCACCUACUUUUAAAAGAAAAUUUGUAAAAACUUUUUUUUUUUUAAAUAUAAAGCGUCUAUCUACCAAAUUAUGUACUCCGUAUAUUUAUGCAAAAACAUGUGUAAUAUGGAAACUUGUUCAUGUAAUUAAGUACUUGUAUAUUUUUUGGUGAAAUAAAUUUAUAUUGAGUGCAA